AUGUCUGCAAGUGCGGUUAGAACGCUCAAGAAUGCUGGUGCUUCAUUAGCUGGUAAACGAUCCCGUAUACAAAAGGCAGCGAUGACCUUAACACCGGCAGCGGUUUAUAGGCUUCAACAGCUGGUUGAAGGUCCCGACCCAAAGCUGAUUCGCGUAGCCAUCAAGAACAAAGGCUGUGCAGGAUUAUCAUACGUCCUAGAAUAUGCUAAAGAAAAGGGAAGAUUUGACGAAGAGAUCAAUCAGGAUGGUGUUACAGUUCUGAUAGACUCAAAAUCCGUUUUCAAAAUUCUCGGUUCCGAGAUGGAUUAUGUACAAGAUAAGCUUUCUUCGAGAUUUGUUUUCAACAAUCCAAAUAUAAAAGAGAGUU